AUGCCUCCCAAAUCAUCAAAACCCACCAGCGAUGAGCUUCUCGCUCAAUUUGAUGAUCUUGGGAUUGAUUCCUCCGACAAGCAGCAACAACAGCAACAACAACCGGCGUCGACGUCAGCAAAUGCCGCCACGGGGCAGUCCGAGCAGGACAUCCUUGCCGAGCUGGACAAUCUAGCUUCUCAGCGUCCAAGCAGUGGUCCCGGCACUCCGCGUCUUUCUACGAAUGAGCCUAGGCCGUCUAUCAAAUCGCCCAAGCCAGCUGCGAAUGCGACACCCUCGGCCGGUCGGUCCAGUGAAGAGAAACCCGCCCGUAAAUCAGCAGAGAGCGGUCGGUCUUCGCGUGCUGGAAACAAAGCUGGGAAUAAUGUGCAGCAGUCGGAUUCCGAGAAGGCGGCAGCUGAGGAGGCUGCUCAGGGUGGUGGUGGUGGAUGGUGGGGAGGUUUCUUCGCAACUGCCAGUGCUGCUAUGAAACAGGCCGAAGCGGCAGUCAAGGAGAUCCAGAACAACGAGGAAGCUCAGAAAUGGGCUCAGCAGGUGAAGGGAAAUGUUGGAACUUUGAAGGAUAUUGGUGGCGGACUUCGCGACAUGGCUAUUCCGACGUUUACUUCUCUCAUCCACACUCUCGCGCCUCCUAUCUCAUCGCACGAACGUCUUCAAAUCCAUGUGACACAUGAUCUAUCGGGCUACCCCGCAGUCGACCCCCUGGUCUACUCGGUCUUUUCGCGUGUCAUGGCCCAGGUGGAAGGAGGCGACCUCCUUGUCCUGCAGCGAGGUCAGGAAUCGGCACCCAAGCGUGGGCUGGACAUUGGUGGGUUUCAAUCUUCUGGCGCAGGCUGGCAUGAUGGUCCCUGGUGGAGGACAGUCACCCCUGGAAACCCCCGUAGCAUUUCCGCCGUCCCUGGCACCGUGGCGGCCACCAAGCUUGCCCGGGCCAGUGCCGAGUCCUACGCCGCUGAAUAUUUCUCAUCGAGAGGCGGAGUCGAAGAAGCCGCGAAGCAGGCCUCGGAGGUUUUGAGCGAAUCGAAUCCCGUGCGGAGCAGUGACAUCUUCUUGGCGAUCCAGGCUAUCAGCAACGAGUCUUCCACUGAGCUUUUCCAGGCUGGCCCGACCACCGAGAAAGCCACCCCUCAAGGCGUGGUCGAUGUUCCUGACGCCAAAGAAGGAGAGGUUUCCUUUGCGCUCUACCUCCACGAUCCCAUCCACGGCAUCGCGUUCCACACCAUCUCCCAGGCCAUUCCCCAGAAGUGGGUCGAAUGGCUCGAUGCCUCCGUGCCUGCUCCCGAAGACCCCCAUGCCGAGGAUGCACAGGUGCCUCGUGUCGUGAUCCCGGAUUCCAUUGCGGAGAUCAUCGAAAGCGGCGGCGUCGACCCCCGCGAGUGGGUUGCUGAAUGGAUCGAGGACUCGAUCUGCUUGGCCAUUGGCAUUGUCGCACAACGCUAUGUAGCCCGCCGCAUGGGUGUGGGUGAGGGCGGCGUUGGCAAGGGUAAGAUGCGUGCGGAGACAUCGUCUGUGGAGAAGGGUGCGGGAGAAAUUGCCAGAGCACUAUAA